UUUGAUAGGACAAGGGCAUCCACAGCUGCAAUGUUAGUGAUACCAGCAGUUCAGUUAUCUCAGAGCACAGAGCAGUACAUCUGGCCAUCAUUAGCAGAAAUAAACACAAGAUCAAGAAGAUUGGUCAAUGCCUACCUCAAGCAGCAGAAGAGAGAAGAGUUGAGACAUGCCCAGUUAAUAAAGGAGCAAGAAAGGAAGGAGAGAGAGGCUGAAGUCUCGAGGAAGAGAGAGCUAAAGAAAGCUGAGUUGGCUCAGAAAUGGUCGAAGAGAGAGGAGCAAGAUUUCGGUCGUAUCGUGUCAUACUUUGGCAUUGAAUAUGAAGAAGGAUCAAAUAAAUAUGAUUGGACACACUUUAGGCAAUUGGCUAAUCUUGGCAAGAAGACCGAUGAUCGUCUUACUCUGUACUUCCACGACUUUAAGGAAAUGUGUCGUCGUGUCAUUAAAAGGAAGCGACCGAAGAUGGGAUAUUCUGGAGUUCUAUUGGAUCCAGUGACUGAAGACAAAGCUAUCAAGUGUUUGCAGAGACUUGAUUUAUUAUCAGCUGUUAGAAGAGAAAUAUUACCUCAUCCACAAUUUGAUGAGCUAAUAAAGUUAUGUCAAGCUUCAUUUGAAGUACCUCACUGGUGGAUACCUGAUACUCAUGAUAGGGACCUGCUCAAAGGAGUAGCAAAGCACGGUCUAUACAGGACAGAUUUCUUACUGUACAAUGAUCCUGAACUCUCAUUCCUUACUACAGUACCUCAGUCAGCUUUAUUCAUACCAACAUGCAAUAACAAUAAAGAAUGUAACUGACAUGAAGUCAAUAGUAUUUUGUUGUUGUUAAUAU